AUGUUCCCCCAGACCCCCGACACUGCCACCCCCUGUUCCUACUUCCUUGCCACCUGCAACCACAAGGGCCAAGCCCUCCCCCCUCAACACUCCCGACACUGUAUCGAACAGAAAUCCGCUUUCCNUCCAUCCGCCGUCUUGCGCUUUCUGAGGCACCCCCCAUUCAAGCCCAUGUUCCCCCAGGCCCCCGACACUGCCACCCCCUGUUCCCACUUCCUUACCACCUGCAACCACAAGGGCCAAGCCCUCCCCCCUCAGCACUCCCGACACCGUAUCGAACAGAAAUCCGCUUUCCACCGAAGUGGUUAGGUUAAAGCUGUCGCACGCAUAUUUCGGCGCGCAAAAGUCUGUGCGGCAUUGCUGAUCGAUACUGCCACCGGUCACACCAAGAGAGAAACAUCCGCCGUCUUGCUCUUUCUGAGGCAACCCCCAUUCAAGCCCAUGUUCCCCCAGGCCCCCGACACUGCCACCCCCUGUUCCUACUUCCUUGCCACCUUCAACCACAAGGGCCAAGCCCUCCCCCCUCAGCACUCCCGACACCGUAUCGAACUUAUUUUUUUGUGUGUGAUGUAUGGGGGCAUGUAUGUGCGGCGCGGGAGAACAUAUAUAUCUUGUUUUGUAAUGGCAUGUCGUUAAAUGUGAGAAGGGCACGGGAGGACAUUAUCUCGUCAUUGCCUCCUGACGUGGCCGCCGAUAGAGAGAGGCGUGUCGUUGGGGUUUCAUCACUGACAUGUGGGUGUGUGUUAAAUGCAGUGGGUAUGGUCGCCUCUCUCGCCCGUGUGUCGGCAGAAGGAAUAGCUACCUUUCCCAUAGACUAUAUUUGUAGGCAGCGCGGACAGUAAAGGCAGAGUGUAUCAUUUCAAUCAUCUACAUCAUUUGUAUGUUUUUGUUGUUGUUGUUGUUGUUGUUGUUGUUGUUGUUGUUGUUGUUGUUGUUGUUGUUGUUGUUAUUGUUGUUGUUGUUGUUGUUGUUGUUGUUCUCGUGUCAGCUACUGAUCCCCAAAUCUAGCCAAGACUCGGUCCGUGGUCACAAAAAUGCUAGAGUCAUCAGAAGAUCUAAAGAACACACACUCUAUUAGCAAGAAAGGGUACGCAAGCCCGAGGAGGUACACCUGCAAUCCCUGCAGCACGUUUGUUUGCGUGCUCACAACUGAACUGCACGCCCAC